GCCAUGAUAUCACAUCCCAACUCCACGCAUCCUCAUGAAUCCCAUGAAUACAACACCAGAGCGAAAGGGCCGGGUGUCGCGCUCGUCCCUGGCAUGUCUGCCCUGUCGCUCACGUCAUCUGAAGUGUGAUGGGAAGCGACCGUGUUGCAGCCGGUGCGCGGAGACCGCGAGUGACUGCGAAUAUGCAAAAUCACGCCGCGGCGGGCUGAGCCGCGCAGCUCUAGCGGAGAGGCGCAAAUGCUCUGCUGCGGUAGGUGGAGACUCGAAUCUCCAACCAUCGCCGGGGAUCUGGCAGGGUCACUGGAUGUCGCGGUCGACUGAGGCGGACUCUCCCGGCAGCGGUGGUAUACUUCAUGCCAUCAGUACGGGGGAUGAGGCCGCUGAUAUUGCGUCGCCCGCAGCAGCUCCAGUGCAUAUGGAUAACAUAGCGAGUGAUACGUUGAUCAAUGCAUAUUACACGAAAUUCCACCGAUUACAUCCGUUCAUCCUUCCCCAGAAACAGCUCACGCGGCUCUACCACGAUCCGAGCACACAGCCCAGACUCCGGCCGCUGCUUGCCAUCUUACGGCUGAUCGGAUGGAUCAUGAGCUCGCGGAGAUGGUCACUCUCAUUGAACGACUACGUUGUGGCCUGUUUCGCAGAAGCAGCACCUACGGAUCCAAUAAUGGUUCAAUGUCGCCUGUUGUAUUCCAUGGUUCUGUUCUGGCACGGCCACGAAGCCGAUGCCAAGCGGGAAAUGGACAUGACGGUCCGACUCGCGACUGAUCUCCAAAUGUAUCUCCAGGAAUUUGCGGUGCUGCACGGAGGCGAUGAUCUUGUUCUCCGGGAAAGCUGGAGAAGGACGUGGUGGAUGGUGUAUAUCAUCGAUGCAUAUUAUGCAGGGACCCUGGGGACUAACAAGUCCGAUUUGUGGGAUAUUGACAUCACUGCUGAGUUGCCCUGCGAAGAGCACGAGUUUGAGUCGGGCGAGAUCCCCGAGCCCAAAUCUUUAAACGAGUUUGACUGUCGCGAAUUCGCCUCGGACAGUACCACAUUCUCCUCAUUUGCGUACCUUAUUGGCGCCAUACGAUGCAUGGCCCUGGCAAUGUCCACAGCCCCGAAGAGCGCCGGCAAGCAAGACCCAACCCAUGUCCUGCAGGCUGCGGACUCCUUCCUGGACGGAUGGCGGCUGCUAUUACCGAGAAAUCGCAAGGCGAUCAUAUCGAAGUCCGGAGAAAUCGACGAAUUAAUGUUUCAGGCACACGGCCUCACCAACAUAGCAACAAUCGCCAUCCACCGGCCUUUUUCCGACCUCAAGUUCAACCCUGUGGAGGAUGUCUCCAGCUGCGCCCGGGAGCCCCCAUCAGACACCCCGGUAUUAGACAUUGCGAAUAUACACACUGUACGCGUUCUUCAAUCUGUCGAGGCUCAGGUCCGACUAUUAGCCUUGCCGACGCGCCAGUUCCAUCAUACCCCAUUCAUUACAUGCAUGAUCAGCGGCGGAACACUGGCACUGCUAUCGGCGUGCAAAUACCUGCUCCAGAAAGAGGACCUGGCGAUUGCAAGGGGCCAGCUUCGGAUGGCUAUCGGGUGUCUUAAGGCGAUGGGCGAGGUGUGGCCGAGGGCCGCUAGGAAUGUGGCCGAGAUCCAGACCAUUGCGCGCCGUGUGCUGGACCUUGAGACCGGGACGGCGAGUAAGAGUGAGACACCCAAAUCUAGCAAAGUACCAAGUCUGUCGGAUGGUGAAGAACUUGGCAGCUCUGUCCCGGAUGUCGACGCUCUCGUCAAUGACACUCAGAUCUUCCCUUCAUUUGAGUCAAUCGACAGUCUCGGAGCGUGGUGCAAUUUGAGCGACCUGGAUCUGGACGUUUCGUGGGGAUUUCACAAUGGAUUUGGAUUUUGA